ACCAUCUCUUUCUCUCCCUCUCUGUCUUCUCUCUCUGUUGAAUGCUGAUUUAUUAGUCCCGUAGCCUUCGCUCAUUCCUCCGCUUAACCCUCCAUUGAAACGAUAAACAGAUUUUCAUACAAAACUCAUAUUGCUCACAAGUGGAUAAGAACCCCGUCUUUCUUCUUCAAUAUCCACUCCAAAUUUCAAGGACUACGUAGCCUUAAAUCUCCUUGUUAUAGAUAAGAGGGUCGAUCAGAUCAUCCAUCUUUUGUUUUUCCUUUUUUUCGCUUUUAUUGUUCGGCCUUCUAAAUCUCAGUAUCUCUUUGUGUGAUACCUAAUUACACUCUUCAUCAUCAACACGUUUUUCAGCUAAAUGGGUAUUCUUCACCUCUUCUCCUCUUCCUAACAAACUCUUCUUUUCGGCAGUUGAAGCAGAAGAAAGAAUUCCACUUCAAACCCAUUUUCUUUUUCUAGAUUCUGUAUUUGGAUAAACUGUCGCAAGCUGCUGCUGCUGCGGCUAGUAUUUGUUUGAUGGAAAUUUUAAAAGAGAUCGAAGGGAAGCAAUCGCAUGAUCCGCUCUACGCCAACCGGAGAAUAAGCAGGCGUUCAGGCGGCUGCGUCUACGUUUCCGGCCCCAUAAUAGUCGGCGCGGGGCCCUCGGGGCUUGCCGUGGCGGCGUGCCUAAAGCAGAGAGGCAUCGAGAGCGUAAUCCUAGAGAGAUCCGAUUGCAUAGCCUCGCUAUGGCAAAAGAAGACGUACCGCCGCCUCCGGCUCCACCUGCCAAAGCAGUUCUGCGAGCUCCCGCUCAUGGGGUUCCCCCCGGCGUUACCAACGUACCCGGACAAGCAGGAGUUCGUGGAGUACCUCGAGGCCUACGCGGGGCGCUUCGGCAUCCGGCCGCAGUUCAACGAGACGGUGGCGGCGGCGGAGCACGACCGGGCGUGGGGGCUGUGGCGGGUGAGGAGCGCAGGGCCCAAGGAGGGGGAGGAGACAGAGUACGCGUGCCGGUGGCUGGUGGUGGCGACGGGGGAGAAUGCGGAGGCGGUGGUGCCAGAGAUAGAGGGGAUGGAGGGUUUUGGAGGGCCCAUAAAGCACACGAGCAUGUACAGGAGAGGGGAGGAGUUCAGAGGAAAGAGGGUGUUGGUGGUCGGGUGUGGGAAUUCAGGGAUGGAGGUGUGUUUGGAUCUGUGCAACCACAAUGCCAUGCCUUCCUUGGUGGUCAGAGACACUGUACACGUCCUACCACGAGAUGUGCUGGGGAGAUCGACUUUUGGGUUGUCCAUGUGGUUGCUCAAGUGGCUGCCCAUGCGCCUUGUUGACCGGCUCUUGCUCCUCGCGGCUCGGGUCAUGCUCGGCGACACGGCCCGGCUGGGCCUGAACCGGCCGAAGGUGGGGCCCCUCAAGCUCAAGAACUUGAACGGCAAGACUCCAGUAUUGGAUGUUGGGGCGCUGGCCAAGAUAAAAAGCGGAGACAUUAAGGUAUAUCCCGGAAUUAGACGGUUGAAGCGCCACACAGUAGAGUUUGUUGAUGGCAGGAUAGAAAAAUUCGACGCCAUAAUACUAGCGACAGGUUACAAAAGCAAUGUGCCUACCUGGCUAAAGGAAGGAAGUAUGUUCUCGAAAGACGACGGGUUUCCCCGACGGGCCUUUCCAAACGGGUGGAAAGGCGAGUGCGGUCUAUACGCCGUCGGGUUCACUAGGCGCGGGCUACUCGGCGCGUCGAUGGAUGCUCAGAGAAUAGCGGAGGACAUCGAGAGGUGUUGGAAGGAGGAGGCGAAACACCGGAUGCAAGUUCCUAACUGUCAAUACCCAUAAUCAUCAUGAUUAUUUUGGUUGCUUUGAGUGUAAAGAAAGAAAAAGAAGAGGCUAAAAGAGACCGAGAUUUGAUUUGGGUUUUGGUUCAUAGGUGAUUUAAUUAUUGGAGGGUUUUUUUUU